UGAAAAAUACUGAACAAGAUCAAAUAAACCGAAUAGGCCCUCGAGAUGGGUGUGGCGGUUCGGUUCUGCUGGGUACCGGCUCAUGUUGGUGUGGAGGGUAAUGAAGGGUCUGAUAGGUUGGCUAGGAGUGCGUGUGGGAAGGAGAGAGUGGGUGUACAGGUACCGUUAGGACGGGGAGAAAUUAAAACGUUAAUAAAGGGGUUGGGUGUUGACUGUUGGCAGAGGAUGUGGGAUGGUAGCAGGAAGGGGAGAGGAUAUUAUGGGGUGCAGUGGACAGUGAGGGUCGAGGUGAGGAAUAUGGGGUGUAGGAGAGAAGAGGUUAUGUGGUGUCGACUAAGGUUGGGGCAUACAGGACUGAGCGUGUCAUUGAAGGUCAUAAGUAAGCAUCAAACAUGGCAAUGUGAUGGGUGUCGAGUGGAGGAAACGGUUGAACAUGUGUUGAUGUAUUGUGAGCAGUAUGAUGUUGAGAGGGAAAUGUCUUAUGAGAAGUUUAGACGGGAGGGUAGGACGUGGGAUGUAGAGAGGUUGCUGGGGGACGGGAAGGGCAGUGGGAUGGUAGCUAAGGCUGUAUGUCGAUUUCUCAGGGCUACAGGUCUGAGCGCGACGAUAUAGAAAUGGCACUCCGGUACGGUAGGUGGCGGUAUAUGCACCUUCAAUGGAUGCGAUAAUUUAAGAGGCGAAGAAGAAGAAGCAGCGGCAGCAGCAGCAGCACUCGCACACUCAAUUUCAUAGAUAUGUCUAAACUACAAUCGUUUCGUUUGUUUUUAAAUGAACGUUUAACUGCGGUUGCCGUGGAGAUUUUCGAGGCAGCUCGGGAUACAUUUAUAGAGUACCAGGAGGAGAACGAUCGGUUAUGUAGGCUGUUGCAGAUCUCACCGGAGAUAGAAUUGUCUACAAUAGAUAACUUCUGCUUCUUCUCUCCAGACUCACUGCAGUUCUCACUCAGUGUCUCUGAAGAGGAGGUUCUCCCUGAGCAGCAGGCCUGGAACCCCAGUCUGGGGCAGGAGAACACAGAGGUCAAACAGAUUAAAGAGGAACAGGAGGAACUCAGCACCAGUCAGGAGAAAGAGCAGCAUCAUGAGGUCUUUCACACCAAACACGCCAUAUUCACCUCUACCUGUGUGAAAAGUGAAUGUGAUCAGGAGGACCCAUUUGGAUCCUUUGUUCAUCCCCAAACCCAGACUGUGGAGAACAGAGAGAGUGACUCUAAACCAACAGACAUCCCACAUUUUGACACUGUCACCCACCUAACGGGUCUCAGUAAUGCCUAUGGUUCUCCAAGUCAUGAAAUCAAUGCCUUCAACCACAACUCAGCUGUAAGCAGCGAUACUGUAGAAUUUUACAACAGCCCACCAGUGGAUCGCAGCCCAUCUGUGGGUCACAGCCCACCAGUGGAUAAACAUUGUUCUAAACCCAGAACCUCAUCUAAAACUACUCACCACUGCCGUGACUGUGGUGAAACAUUUAAACUGAAAGCUAACCUACAGAAUCAUGUGACUUUCUCCAAGAGACCCAGUGAAUGUAGCUACUGCAAGAAAUGCUAUGACUCCACCUGUAAACUGAGGGCUCAUGUUCAACUCUGUCAUGUGGAGAAACUUUUAAACUCGAUGGAGUUCUGUACAGAAACACGAGGAUUCACACAGGAGAGAAACCAUUUAGCUGUGGUGACUGUGAGAAAAAGUUCAGUGAGAUGGGGAACCUAGGAAUGUACAAUCUGACUCACACAGGAGGAAAAUCAUUUUGCUUUGAUGACCUUGGGAAAAGCUUGUGUCUGAAGAGGGAGCUAAAGAACCAUCAACCAACUCACACAAGGGAGAAACCAUUUGUCUGUGAAGACUGUGGGAAAACUUUCAGUCAAAAGAGGGACCUACAUAGACAUAUACUGAUUCACACAGGAGAGAAACCAUUUAGCUGUGGUGACUGUGGGAAAAGAUUUAAUCGCAGCCAGAAUUUAAAGCAGCAUAAAUUGACUCACACAAAAGAGAAACCAUUUAGCUGUGGUGACUGUGGGAAAAGCUUCCGACAUCAGGUGACCUUAGUGAGGCAUAAACAUACUCAUACAGGACAUCAUCCAUUCGGUAGUGGUGAUGGUGUGAAAAAGUUUAUUUGCAGACAGACCCAAAGCAACAUAAACUAACAAAGGCAAAACAAUGUUUUGCUGUGGUGUCUGUGGCAAAGGCUUCAAUCAGAAGAGAAAACCAGCCAAGCAUAAACUGACUCACACAAAAGAGAAAUCAUACAGCUCAAAUUAAGAGACCACUGCAAAAUCGUCAGUGUCUCUGGUUUUACUAUUCAUGUGUUUGAG